UUGAUGUCACAGGGCGAUUUCUACCUUGGCUAUCUGGAUGAAAUGGUGGCCGAAAAGUUACAUUCAUUGUUAGAAAGAGGACAGCUUUAUUCCAAUGCAUUUAAGACAGUGUCAAUUGGAGAAUUAGACAGUAGAUACAGGGAAUAUGUUCUCUUUUGUGUAAAUGGUAGCUCCCGAUUCGUAACACAAGAACUGAACACAUGUGUGGCUCUAGAUGAUAGGAUCCUAGAAGCCCCCGCUGAGGUUGUGUCAGAGAUCUUGAUCUCAAAACCCCAAGCGAGGAAGAUGCGUCCAAAGAUACGUGGAACACACUUCUCUAAAGAAAAUCGUGAAGUACAAUUCAAACGGUUCAAACCACCAUCAUUUCUUGAGGAAGAACUGAAGAAUAAUCCCGAAAAAACGGCACUUUACAUUUGGAAGGAACUUGGACUUCGUGAAUACUUGACAGCCUUUGCCAAACUUCCAGAAGGCGGGUCAUAUUUUCUCGGAGUUGGAGAAACUGAAAUAUCAUUUCAACGAUACAAAACCAAGAAAAUCGAGCUUGAAGGCAUUCCCGAGGGUUUUGUGGAUACACGGGUCAUUCGUCAAUUGGAGGCACUCUUUAGGAACUCGACACUGUUUUGCAACUAUAGUGGGGAGUUCAUUCCUUCUGUUUCCUCCUACUUUAUAAUCAAGGUUCACUACAACGAGUUUGGUAAACGUGUCUUGGAAUGUUCCAUUGCUCCAAUGAAUGGUAUAUUGUUCUAUGCCACAACCGGGCCUGUAUCAUACAAAGUACACAAUGGCCAACUCAGACAAAUCGCGCCUGAAGAGUGGUAUGAGGCAAUGACAAGAAAACACAAGACUGAUCGUCCAGAAAAGCACCACGAUUGGAAACGAACAGAGCCUAAGAUAAACCUGGACAGAAGGAAGGCAGAAGUUGCAAAAGAAGUGAUUAAUCGAGCUUCAGAACUCAGUGAAGAAAAUGACGACGGGUCGUGUUUUGCCUUCGUAGAAGAAUCUGUCCGAACUGCUCUGAAACUUUCUCCUGACGCUAUUCUUCCUUUUGAAAUUAUUUGUGAAGCUGUCAUUUUAAUUCCCCGCAGGUUCGGAUUUGUGUUAACCGUCCAUGAUGGACGUAGACCUUCUGAGGACAUUCUCACUUACAACUGCCAACUUGGGCGAGACCUAUCAGAUGCUGUUCGACUUUACACAAAAGACAAUUUCAUUUUUUUUACGGAAGUUGUGUCGGUCUCCGAUGUCUCCUCGAGGAAGACCUUCACGGAAAAAAUAACAGAACUCGAAACGUAUGCAUAUUCAAUAUGCAUUCCUGACAUGUUUGGAAUAAGAAGGCAAGACUUUGAGAAUCUUAUCAGCGCCAUAGGAGUAUGUUCAUUUCAAGGAGAGAAGGACGACCAUCCAGGAGACGGAAUAGAGAAACUUAUCAGCGCAUUAACACAAUGCAACGACCUUUCCAACACAGUGAGCAAAAAAUUGAUGGAAAUUGCAGCAGAUGUAGAUGAACUUGAACAAAACAAGCGACUCACGAAAGUAAUUUGUGCAGGCACGGGACUCAUUGGAGCUGCUCUGUCAAUAUCCGGUUUCUUGCUUGGCCCCAUCGGAAUGCCCCUUGCACUAGUGGGUGUUGCUGUCGGUGUUGGAGGGGGUGUAGGUGAAGUAACAGUGUCACUUGUUGUGGGAGGAAAGACGAAGGACAAGAUCCAAGAAGCCAAAAGAUUUUUAUUGAAAUUCGAGUAUGUUUGCAAAAGCCUUCGAGAUGAAAUGAACGUCCAAGAGAAGGUUGUCCUGGCAUCAGUGUUGACUGUAGCACAUCGCACAGUGCUGCUGACUGUUUUCAAUGUUAUGGACGACAUCGUUGUAAAUGGACUUAAGAUAUCAAAGUUUGUAGGAGUGUUCCUGUCCGCCCUUCUGGUACCUUUAGACGUGUACAAGUUGAUUUCAAAUGUUGUGGAGUUAAUUGAAAGAAGACCAUCUGCUGUGGCUGCGCAACUCCGUUCGAAGGCUAAUGAAAUGAAAGAUCUUUCGAAAGUUUUUGAUAAGAAAAUACCAGAUCUUGUGGCCAUCCUACAUUCGGAGAGAUCUGGACUCGUGAGAGUAACUUUGAAUCCUCCAGGUACCACUGCACACAUCAUGCCAGACCUGAGUGGAUAACAGUGAGUAAACAAGUCAGCCACAGAGGGAUCUUUGACUGACUGUCUGUAUUUAUGCCUACCCCAACUGCGAAAACGUUGCUAUGGCGAACUCUAAUGAAGCUAUUUCAUCAGAAUUAUAUACAAUAAUUUGGUUGACGAAGGCAUUGAUGAUACGUGUGUCGUCACUCAAGUGAGACUGCAUUGAAA